AUGCCUGCCCCUACAGCUCUCGUAAAAGCUCCUGAAUCUAUCACCCCGGCUGUGGAACAAUCAACCAUGGAGGUCGUUGACGACGAAGUUCUUAUCGACGCUUCAGCUUCCACAGCUCCCGCUUUCAGUAUUGUAGUCCCUCUGCUGAAGGAAGCAGACGAUACUGAAAUGCACAUUGACGAAGAAGGGCGCCCGAAAUUUGCGCCCGCGAAAGCGAAGAAAAUUAGGCAAAAAUCCGAGUCGCGAAAGGUUGGAAUACCACCUCACAGAAUGGCGCCUCUCAAGUCGGCAUGGCCCAAGAUCUACCCCCCACUCGUGGAGCAUCUAAAGCUCCAGGUUAGGAUGAACCUUAAGGAUAAGACUGUCGAGCUUCGCUCUUCGGCAAUUACAAUAGAUACUGGAGCGCUGCAGAAGGGUGCCGAUUUUGUUAAAGCAUUCUCGCUGGGAUUCGAUGUGGACGAUGCUAUCGCUCUGCUCAGGCUCGAUGAUCUGUAUAUUGAGACCUUCGAAAUCAAGGAUGUCAAGACUCUCACCGGCGAGCACUUGGGAAGAGCAAUUGGGCGCAUUGCAGGAAAGGAUGGAAAAACGAAAUUUGCGAUUGAGAACACUACCAAGACCAGAGUUGUUUUAGCAGACCAAAAAAUACAUAUCCUAGGAGGAUUUCAAAAUAUCAGAAUGGCGAGGGAAGCCAUUGUCUCAUUGAUCUUAGGAAGUCCUCCGGGCAAAGUUUAUGGGAAUCUCCGAACAGUGGCUGCGAGGCAGAAGGAGCGGUUUUAG